GUGGAUGGGGCUGAUGGUUGUGUUGUGGUCUGAGUUCCAGGUGAAUGGGGCUGAUGGUUGUGUUGUGUUCUGUGUUCCAGGUGAAUGGGGCUGAUGGUUGUGUUGUGGUCUGUGUUCCAGGUGAUGGGGCUGAUGGUUGUGUUGUGGUCUGUGUUCCAGGUCGAUGGGGCUCUAGGGGCUGAGGAGAUGGUGGAGACUCUAACAGAGAGGAAUCUAGACCUGGAGGAGAAAGUCAGAGAGCUGAGAGAGACCGUCGUUGAUCUGGUGAGAGACUGACCACACCACAGACUAACUAGGACAGACACAGACCAACUGAGACUGACCACACCACAGACUAACUGGGACAGACAGAGACCAACUGCGACAGACACAGACCUACUAGGACAGACACAGACCAACUGGGACAGACACAGACCAACUGGGACAGACCCACCACAGACUAACUGGGACAGACAGAGACUAACUGCGACAGACACAGACCUACUAGGACAGACACAGACCAACUGGACAGACACAGACCAACUGGGACAGACACAGACCAACUGGGACAGACACAGACCAACUGGGACAGACACAGACCAACUGGGACAGACCCACCACAGACCACCUGGGACAGACACAGACCACCUGUCAUCGGUCCACUCUGUGACCCUAUGCUGUGAUUGGUCCACUCUGUGACUCUAUGCUCUGAUUGGUCCUCUCUGUGACUCUGCAAAGCAGUACCACAACACAAUAUAUUUUAGCCCGAACGCUGCAGCAGAAGCGAACUCCUUCAUCCUCGAACUCUUUCGUCCGCUCCCAUGUGUGCAUGCUCUCUCACCACUGCAUGCCAAACACAUUGUCUGGGGAUCGGCUGAUGGCUCGGCGGGGAAACUAAUUUAAACCUGUCUAAAGGCUGAUAGAUAAGAGCAGGCUAUAUGAAUGCAGCGCCAGAAAAACAAGUUCACAAACAAAUAAUCUAAGAAUGUGCUUAGUGUUCUCGUAAGGAUGAAAAAGGUUGAGAUGAAUCCCGUCUGUAGGUGUAGCCUUCAUGCGGCAGGAUAUUCUUUCCAUGCACAGAGAGGAUACAUUCGGCUUCCAUUGCAGCUUGUUCUGACCUCCUAAGAAUAAUGAAUGCUGAGGGUAGCAGUGCAAGCUCUUUUCAAGCAGAAUAUGUGGAUUAUUAGCAUAUUGCAAUUCGAUUGCUGGACUAUCGAAGCCAUCCAUCUAACCCAUUUAUUUAAAAGCUGCAGAUCCCGGCAGUUCGAAGAUGAUUGUUUCAAAGAUAUCGAAGAUGAUAGUUUCAGAGAUAAUCAAUUGAGCCUAUUUCUUGUUCAUUAGCAGCUUAAAUCUCUUCGCCUACUCUUCUUGUGCAAUGUAUAGCCCACUGUAGUGUUUAUCUGUCUGGACUGUCUGUCUGUCUGUCUGGACUGUCUGUCUGUCUGGACUGUCUGUCUGUCUGUCUGGACUGUCUGUCUGUCUGUCUGUCUGGACUGACUGUCUGUCUGUCUGGACUGACUGUCUGUCUGGACUGUCUGUCUGUCUGUCUGGACUGUCUGUCUGUCUGUCUGGACUGUCUGUCUGUCUGGACUGUCUGUCUUGGUGAGAAUGUUAAGUUAAUCAUUAUUUUACAUUGAAGUAUGACCUCCUGAAACUAGAACCAUCAUGUGUUCUGUGCUUUUGAAAUAGCCUAACAUUUUCGUAUCAUAAUAAGACUAAAUUAAACGACUUAGGCCAAAUGGAUUUGGUGAUGUUGUCCUAUAUUACAUGGAGUUAAAUAGACCGUUAAAAUGUAGGGGGAAAGGCAGACAUUAGAUAAACACUGGAGGGAAUGGAAGACAUUUAGAUAAACACUGGAGGGAAUGGAAGACAUUUAGAUAAACACUGGAGGGAAUGGAAGACAUUUAGAUAAACACUGGAGGGAAUGGAAGACAUUUAGAUAAACACUGGAGGGAAUGGAAGACAUUUAGAUACACACUGGAGGGAAUGGAAGACAUUUAGAUAAACACUGGAGGGAAUGGAAGACAUUUAGAUACAACACUGGAGGGAAUGGAAGACAUUUAGAUAAACACUGGAGGGAAUGGAAGACAUUUAGAUACACACUGGAGGGAAUGGAAGACAUUUAGAUAAACACUGGAGGGAAUGGAAGACAUUUAGAUAAACACUGGAGGGAAUGGAAGACAUUUAGAUAAACACUGGAGGGAAUGGAAGACAUUUAGAUAAACACUGGAGGGAAUGGAAGACAUUUAGAUAAACACUGGAGGGAAUGGAAGACAUUUAGAUAAACACUGGAGGGAAUGGAAGACAUUUAGAUACACACUGGGGGAAAGGCAGACAUUUAGAUAAACACUGGGGGAAAGGCAGACAUUUAGAUAAACACUGGGGGAAAGGCAGACAUUUAGAUAAACACUGGAGGGAAUGGAAGACAUUUAGAUAAACACUGGAGGGAAUGGAAGACAUUUAGAUAAACACUGGAGGGAAUGGAAGACAUUUAGAUAAACACUGGGGGAAAGGCAGACAUUUAGAUAAACACUGGAGGGAAUGGAAGACAUUUAGAUAAACACUGGAGGGAAUGAAAGACAUUUAGAUAAACACUGGAGGGAAUGGAAGACAUUUAGAUAAACACUGGAGGGAAUGGAAGACAUUUAGAUAAACACUGGAGGAAAGGCAGACAUUUAGAUAAACACUGGAGGGAAUGGAAGACAUUUAGAUAAACACUGGGGGAAUGGCAGACAUUUAGAUAAACACUGGGGGAAAGGCAGACAUUUAGAUAAACACUGGAGGGAAAGGCAGACAUUUAGAUAAACACUGGAGGGAAUGGAAGACAUUUAGAUAAACACUGGGGGAAAGGCAGACAUUUAGAUAAACACUGGAGGGAAUGGAAGACAUUUAGAUAAACACUGGAGGGAAUGGAAGACAUUUAGAUAAACACUGGAGGGAAUGGAAGACAUUUAGAUAAACACUGGAGGGAAAGGCAGACAUUUAGAUAAACACUGGAGGGAAAGGCAGACAUUUAGAUAAACACUGGGGGAAAGGCAGACAUUAGAUAAACACUGGGGGAAAGGCAGACAUUUAGAUAAACACUGGGGGUAAGGCAGACAUUUAGAUAAACACUGGAGGAAAGGCAGACAUUUAGAUAAACACUGGAGGGAAUGGAAGACAUUUAGAUACACACUGGGGGAAAGGCAGACAUUUAGAUAAACACUGGAGGGAAUGGAAGACAUUUAGAUAAACACUGGAGGGAAAGGCAGACAUUUAGAUAAACACUGGAGGGAAUGGAAGACAUUUAGAUAAACACUGGGGGAAAGGCAGACAUUUAGAUAAACACUGGGGGAAAGGCAGACAUUUAGAUAAACACUGGAGGGAAAGGCAGACAUUUAGAUAAACACUGGAGGGAAUGGAAUACAUUUAGAUAAACACUGGAGGGAAUGGAAGACAUUUAGAUAAACACUGGAGGGAAAGGCAGACAUUUAGAUAAACACUGGAGGGAAUGGAAGACAUUUAGAUAAACACUGGGGGAAAGGCAGACAUUUAGAUAAACACUGGAGGGAAUGGAAGACAUUUAGAUAAACACUGGGGGAAAGGCAGACAUUUAGAUAAACACUGGAGGGAAUGGAAGACAUUUAGAUAAACACUGGGGGAAAGGCAGACAUUUAGAUAAACACUGGAGGGAAUGGAAGACAUUUAGAUAAACAUUGGGGGUAAGGCAGACAUUUAGAUAAACACUGGAGGGAAUGGAAGACAUUUAGAUAAACACUGGAGGGAAAGGCAGACAUUUAGAUAAACACUGGGGGAAAGGCAGACAUUUAGAUAAACACUGGAGGGAAUGGAAGACAUUUAGAUAAACACUGGGGGAAAGGCAGACAUUUAGAUAAACACUGGAGGGAAUGGAAGACAUUUAGAUAAACACUGGAGGGAAAGGCAGACAUUUAGAUAAACACUGGAGGGAAUGGAAGACAUUUAGAUAAACACUGGAGGGAAUGGAAGACAUUUAGAUAAACAUUGGGGGUAAGGCAGACAUUUUAGAUAAUAAUUGUGUUUCUGUGGUCCAAAUUUCAUAACCACAAACAGCAAAGUUUUCAGACGUUUUCCAUUGGUAGGCCUACCCCAUGUACUAACGUGUCUCUCCUCGUUCUGAAAGCCUGCUCACUGAUGUCAGUAAAUUAAUGGGCAAUCGAUAGUCAUACAUAGCUGAUAAUUGUGACUUGACUCUUUUUCCACAUUUUGUUACGUUCCAGCCUUAUUCUAAAAUGGAUUAAAUGAAAUGUUUCCCUCAUCAAACUACACACAAUACACCAUAGUGACAAAGCGAAAACAGGUUUUUUAUCAAUGUUUGCAAAUUGAUAAAAAAUUUAAAACAGGAAUACCUUAUUUACAUAAGUAUUCAUACCCGAAAUUGAGCUCAGGUGCAUCCUGUUUCCAUUGAUCAUCCUUGAUGUUUCUACAACUUGAUCGGAGUCCACCUGUGGUAAAUUCAAUUGAUUGUCCCCUGUAGCUCAGUUGGUAGAGCAUGGCGCUUGCAACGCCAGGGUUGUGGGUUCGUUUCCCACGGGGGGCCAGUAUGAAAAUGUAUGCACCCACUAACUGUAAGUUGCUCUGGAUAAGAGCGUCUGCUAAAUGACUAAAAUGUAAAAUAUAAUUGAUUGGACAUGAUUUGGAAAGGCACACACCUGUCUAAGGUCCCACAGUUGACAGUGCAUGUCAGAGCAAAAACCAAGCCAUGAGGUCGAAGGAAUUGUCAGAAGAGCUCCGAGACAGGAUUGUGUCAAGGCACAGACCUGGGGAAGGGAACCAAAAAAUGUCUGCAGCAUUGAAGGUCCCCAAUAACACAGUGGCCUCCAUCAUUCUUAAAUGGAAGAAGUUUAGAACCACCAAGACUCUUCCUAGAGCUGGCCGCCCGGCCAAACUGAGCAAUCGGGGGAGAAGGGCCUUGGCCAGGGAGGUGACCAAGAACCCGAUGGUCACUCUGACAGAGCUCCAGAGUUCCUCUGUGAAGAUGGGAGAACCUUCCAGAAGGACAACCAUCUCUGCAGCACUCCACCAAUCAGGCCUUUAUGGUAGAGUGGCCAGAAGGAAGCCACUCCCAAGGACUGGGAGACUAGUCAGGAUCGAUGGAAAGAAGAACAGAGCAAAGUACAGAGAGAUCCUUGAUGAAAACCUGCUCCAGAGCGCACAGGACCUCAGACUGGGGGCGAAGGCUCACCUUCCAAAAUGACAAUGACCCUAAGCACACAGCCAAGACAACGCAGGAGUGGCUUCGGGACAAGUCUCUGAAUGUCCUUGAUUGGCCCAGCCAGAGCCCAGACUUGAACCCGAUCACACAUCUCUGGAGAGACCUAAAAAUAGCUGUGCAGCGACGCUCCCCAUCCAACCUGACAGAGCUUGAGAGGAUCUGCAGAGAAGAAUGGGAGAAACUCCCCAAAUACAGAUGUGCCAAGCUUGUAGCGUCACACCCAAUAAGACUCGAGGCUGUAAUCGCUGCCAAAGGUGCUUCAACAAAGUACUGAGUAAAGGGUCUGAAUACUUAUGUAAAUGUGAUAUUUCCGUUGUUUUAUUUUUAAUACAUCUGCUAAAAUUUCUAAAAACCUUUUUUUACUUUGUCAUUACGGGGUAUUGUGUGUUGAUUGAUGAGGGGGAAAAAACAAUGUAAUCAAUUUUAGAAUAAGGCUGUAACGUAACAAAGUCAAGGGGUCUGAAUACUUUCCGAAGGCUCUGUAUGAUGUGAAUAAUAAUGAAGGUGAGAGCCCAGUAACAGAUGGAUGCAUUAAUCAUAGAAGCUAUUGCUACUUGGUGUCUCUAAAAUCAGUGCUUCCAUUUCUAUUGUCAUGUGACAGUUUUUUUAAAUUGAUACGUCCAAAUGUCGGCCUUUUACCAGAUACAUUUUGUUCUCUCUGUUUAUUUUCAUAACUGAUACAAAUUCGAUAUGCUAUAGCCUAUAGAUAAUAUUGUGCCCAUAUGAACACAUGUAUUUUAGGCCAUAUAAAGAACAGCUCUGCAUGAUUUAAUGAAGAGCAGCAAACAGACACAACAUUGUUUCACAUUCUUUAAUAAAAGACUCAGAAACACAAACAGGCAAUAGGCUGUACAGCUGGUUUCACAGUUUCCCUGCCAAAUAUAGGGAAACUCGCCAUAUCUCUCCGUAUUGUACAAACCGCAGUUCGUUGAGUACGCUGGUGGUGGGGGGGGACGGGGGGGGACGGGGGGGGGGGGGGGGGGGGGGGGGGGAGACUGUACGCAGCGUAGUACCUUCACUGACGCGUUUUGCUCGACAAAAAGGAACGUAAGCGUGACCUCGUGCUCUGUGAUUGGUCCGUUCUGCAGGAAGCAAUCAAUGAAAUGAAUGAUGAGCUGCAGGAGAACGCCAGAGAGACGGAGCUGGAGCUGAGAGAGAUGCUGGAUCUGGGCGGAGGCCGGGUCAGGGAGGCGGAGAAACGGGUGGAGGCCGCUCAGGAGACCGUAGCUGACUAUCAACAGACCAUCAAGAAGUACCGUGAGCUGACCGCUCACCUGCAGGAGGUGAACAGAGAGCUGACCAGCCAGCAGGAAGCCACAGCAGAGCAGCAGCAGCAACCUCCAGUUGAGAUGUUUGACUUCAAGAUCAAGUUUGCUGAGACGAAGGCCUACGCCAAGGUAAGCUUUACACACUUUCAGAAUAUCAGCACUAAAAUACUCAGUGAAAAAUCAGCAUAUCUUGGCUUAGUCUUUUAUAAAGGGGAGUUGUACACAGAGCCCUGGUCAACAGUGUCCCGUCCACAACAGUGACAUGACUACCUGUCCACUAUCAGCCUGAAAUACGCUGUGGACAAUACAUUGGUGUAGUCUAAUCCAUCUGGUUUUGCGUGUGUCUCUCUCUCUGUGUCGCUCUGUGUCUCUCUGUGUGUCCUCUCUGUGGUUGUCUCUCUCUGUGUCUCUGUCUCUGUGUGUGUCUUGCUCUCUCUGUGUCUCUCUGUGUCUCUCUGUGUGUCUCUCUGUGUCUCUCUGUGUCUCUCUGUGUCUCUGUGUGUGUCUUGCUCUCUGUGUCUCUCUGUGUCUCUGUGUGUGUCUUGCUCUCUGUGUCUCUCUGUGUCUCUGUGUGUCUCUCUGUGUCUCUGUGUGUCUCUCUGUGUGUGUCUCUCUGUGUCUCUGUGUCUCUCUGUGUGUGUCUCACUGUGUGUGUCUCUCUGUGUGUGUGUCUCUCUGUGUGUGUGUCUCUCUGUGUGUCUCUCUCUGUGUCUCUGUGUGUGUCUUGCUCUCUGUGUCUCUCUGUGUCUCUGUGUGUGUCUUGCUCUCUGUGUCUCUCUGUGUCUCUGUGUGUCUCUCUGUGUCUCUCUGUGUCUCUCUGUGUCUCUGUGUGUGUCUUGCUCUCUGUGUCUCUCUGUGUCUCUGUGUGUGUCUUGCUCUCUGUGUCUCUCUGUGUCUCUGUGUGUCUCUCUGUGUCUCUGUGUGUCUCUCUGUGUGUCUCUCUGUGUCUCUGUGUCUCUCUGUGUGUGUCUCACUGUGUGUGUCUCUCUGUGUGUGUGUCUCUCUGUGUGUGUGUCUCUCUCUGUGUCUCUGUGUGUCUCUGUGUGUGUCUUGCUCUCUGUGUCUCUCUGUGUGUGUCUUGCUCUCUGUGUCUCUCUGUGUCUCUGUGUGUCUCUCUGUGUCUCUGUGUGUCUCUCUGUGUCUCUGUGUGUCUCUCUGUGUCUCUGUGUGUCUCUCUGUGUGUCUCUCUGUGUCUCUCUGUGUGUGUCUCACUGUGUGUGUCUCUCUGUGUGUGUGUGUCUCUCUGUGUGUGUGUCUCUCUGUGUGUGUGUCCCCUCUGUGUGUGUGUAUCUCUGUGUGCGUGUCUCUCUGUGUGCGUGUCUCUGUGUGUGUGUGUCUGUGUGUGUGUGUGUGUCUCUCUGUGUGUGUGUGUCUCUCUGUGUGUGUGUCUCUCUGUGUGUGUGUCUCUCUGUGUGUGUCCUGUGUGUGUCUCUGUGUGUCUCUCGUGUGUGGGUCUAUGGGUGUGUGUCUACUCCGUGUGUGUGUCCUCCUCUGGUGUGUGGUGAUCUCCGUGUGUGGUCUCUCUGUGUGGUGUCUCGUGUGUGUGGUCUCUGUGUGUGUGUGUCUCUCUGUGUGUGUGUGCUCGGUGUGUAGUGUGUGUCUGUGUGUGGUGUCUCUCUGUAGUGUCUCUUGUGGUGUCUCUGUUUGUGUUCUGUGUGUAAUCUGUGUGUGUCUCUGUGUGUGUGUGUCUCUGUUGUGUGUGUGUGUGUCUCUCUGGUGUUUCCUCUGUGUGUGUGUCUCUCUGUGUGUGUCUCUUGUGUGUGUGUUCUCUCUGUGUGUGUCUCUGUGUGUGUUGUCUCUAUGUGUGUGUGUCUCUGUUGUGUGUCUCUGUGUUGUGGGCUCUGUGUUGUGUGUCUCUCUGUGUGUGUGUCCUCUCGUUGUCUCUGUGUUGUGUGGUAUCUCUGUGUUGUCUCUGUGUGUGGUUCUCCUCUGUGUGUUUGUCUGUGUGUGUGUGGUGUGUGUCUCUUGUGUUGUCUCUGUGGUGUUUCUGUGUGGUGUCUGGUGUGUGCUGUGUGGGUUGUGUUGUCUCUCUGUGUGUGUCUCUGUGUGUGUAUCUGUGUGUGUCUGUGUGUGUGUGGUGUGUUGUCUCUCUGUGUGGUGUGUCCUCUGUGUGGUCUCUGUGUUCUCCUGUGUGUCUCUCGUGUUGUUCUCUGUGUGUGUCUGUGGUCUCUGUUGUCUCUCUGUGUGUCUCUCUGUGUGUGUUCCCCUGUGUUGUCUCUGUUGUGUCUCUGUGUUUUCUCUGUGUCUCUGUGUGUGCUCCAGGCCAUAGAGAUGGAGCUGAGAAGAUGGAAGUGGCCGGCAACAGACAGUGUCUCUCCUCACAUCCUUCAUGCCGACUCCUUCCUGCGUCACGGAGGAGACCAGACUGUAUCCUGGUGUGUGCUCAUACCAGAUCAUCUUCAGGUAGAGAGAGAGAGAGAUGAGAGAGAGGUAUUAGUAGAGGUAGAGUAGAGGUGAGUAGAGAGGAGAGAGCGAGGUUAGAGGUAGAGGUAGUAGAGGAGAGAGAGAGAGGUAGAGGUAGAGGUAGCGAGAGGAACGAGAGGGGUAGAGAGAGAGGAGAGAGAGAGAGAGGGGGUGUGUUCUGUCAUAGGUCUGUGUGUGUGUACCGAACACGAGUGGGUCAUAGUUGCUCAUAGUCACGUGACGAGAUAAAUCAGCGUCAGUCCUGGGACAAAAAAAGGUAAUAUCCUCUUGAUCUAACGGUCAACGCAUUGGUUUCUCCCGUGGGAGACCCGGGUUUAAAUUCCGGCAGUUAUGUAUGUGUGUCUGUGCCCCCAGGCGGAGCUGAUCAGUAAGCAGGCCCAGGAGAAGUUUGAUCUGAAUGACAACUGUGUGGAGAAGAGUGGGAUGAGAGGAGCGGUGGGGGAACAGCUGAGCUUUGCUGCAGGACUCGUCUACUCUCUCAGUCUACUACAGACUACACUUCAUAAAUAUCAACAGUAAGUCAGUCUACUACACUUCAUAAAUAUCAACAGUAAGUAUAGCCAUUUACUUUUCUCUUUCACUACACUGCAUUCAACAUGGAAAGAUGUCACUCAACUAUUGUUAUGUUUGUGUGUUAGAGCGCUGAACCAGUGCAGUGUGGAGGUAUAUCAGAAGAUCGGGACGCUGUAUCCGGAGAUGGGCGUGCAUGAACGUUCCCUGGACUUCCUGAUUGACCUGCUGCACAAGGACCAGCUGGAUGAGACGGUGCAUGUGGAGCCUCUCACCAAGGCCAUCAAAUACUACCAGCACCUGUACAGCAUCCACCUGGCAGAUCAGACAGAAGACUGCACCAUGCAGCUGGCUGACCACAUCAGGGUACCUACAAUCUUUAUGCCAAGUGUGUGCAAUGCCAAAACUUUUAAGUCACUGGUCAAAAUCCAACUGGAAGGACCAUGUAAAAUGUGGUUCAACCUAGUGGGUUCCUUUAACUACAGUAGAUGUACACUACCGGUCUAAAGUUUUAGAACACCUACUCAUUCAAGGGUUUUUCUUUAUUUUUUACUAUUUUCUACAUUGUAGAAUAAUAGUGAAGACAUCAAAACUAUGAAAUAACACAUAUGGAAUCAUGUAGUAACCAAAAAAAGUGUUAAACAAAUCUAAAUAUAUUUUAUAUUUGAGAUUCUUCAAAGUAGCAACCCUUUGCCUUGAUGACAGCUUUGCACACUCUUGGCAUUCUCUCAACCAGCUUCAUGAGGUAGUCACCUGGAAUGCAUUUCAAUUAACAGGUGUGCCUUCUUAAAAGUUAAUUUGUGGAAUGUCUUUCCUUCUUAAUGCGUUUGAGCCAAUCAGUUGUGUUGUGACAAGGUAGGGUGGGUAUACAGAAGAUAGCCCUAUUUGGUAAAAGACCAAGUCCAUAUUAUGUCAAGAACAGCUCAAAUAAGCAAAGAGAAACGACAGUCCAUCAUCACUUUAAGACAUGAAGGUCAGUCAAUACGGAAAAUGUCAAGAUCUUUUAAAGUUUCUUCAAGUGCAGUUGCAAAAACCAUCAAGCGCUAUGAUGAAACUGGCUCUCAUGAGGACCACCACAGGAAUGGAAGACCCAGAGUUACCUCUGCUGUUACCAGCCUCAGAAAUUGCAGCCCAAAUAAAUGCUUCACAGAGUUCAAGUAACAGACACAUCUCGACAUCAACUGUUCAGAGGAGACUGUGUGAAUCAGGCCUUCAUGGUCGAAUUGCUGCAAAGAAACCACUACUAAAGGACACCAAUAAGAAGAAGAGACGUGCUUGGGCCAAGAAAUACGAGCAAUGGACAUUAGACCAGUGGAAAUUUGUCCUUUGGUCUGGAUUCCAAAUUUGAGAUUUUUGUUUCCAACCGCCGUGUCUUUGUGAGACGCGGUGUGGGUGAACGGAUGAUCUCCACAUGUGUAUUUCCCCACCGUAAAGCAUGGAGGAUGAGGUGUGAUGGUGUGGGGAUGCUUUGCUGGUGACACUGUCUGUGAUUUAUUUAGAAUUCAAGGCACACUUAACCAGCAUGGCUACCCCAGCAUUCUGCAGCGAUACGCCAUCCCAUCUGGUUUGGGCUUAGUGGGACUAUCAUUUGUUGUUCAACAGGACAAUGACCCAAAACACACCUCCAGGCUGUGUAAGGGCUAUUUUACCAAGGAGGAGAGUGAUGGAGUGCUGCAUCAGAUGACCUGGCAUCCACAAUCCCUUGACCUCAACCCAAUUGAGAUGGUUUGGGAUGAGUCGGACCGCAGACUGAAGGAAACAAGUGCUCAGCAUAUGUGGGAACUCCUUCGAGACUGUUGGAAAAGCAUUCCAGGUGAAGCUGGUUGAGAGAAUGCCAAGAGUGUGCAAAGCUGUCAUCAAGGCAAAGGGUGGCUACUUUGAAGAAUCUCAAAUAUAAAAUAUAUGGAUACUACAUGAUUCCAUAUGUGUUAUUUCAUCGUUGUGAUGUCUUCACUAUUAUUCUACAAUGUAAAAAAUAGUAAAAAAUAAAGAAAAACCCUUGAAUGAGUAGGUGUUCUAAAACUUUUGACCGGUAGUGUAUCUCCACAUGACUCCUUCUUACACGCUCUCUCUCCCGCACUCUCUCUCUUUCUCUCCCUCUUCCCCUCCUCUCUCCCUCCCCCUCUUCCCCUCCUCUCUCCCUCCCCCUCUUCCCCUCCUCUCUCCCUCCCCCUCUUCCCCUCCUCUCUCCCUCCCCCUCUUCCCCUCCUCUCUCCCUCCCCCUCUGUCCCUGUCUGCAGUUUACCCAGAGUGCGUUGGACUGUAUGUCUGUGGAGGUUGGUCGUCUGCGUGUGUUCCUUCACCCGGGGCAGGAGAAGGCGGACCUGGCCUUGCUGCUGAAGGAUCUAGAGACUUCCUGUUCUGACAUCAGACAGUUCUGUAAGAAGAUCCGCCGACGCAUGCCUGGCACAGACGUGCCUGGGAUACCUGCCGCACUCACCUUCCUACAGCAGGUAACCAAUCAGUUUUACUGAGCUGCACUCUUGGUUAGGGUUACAGCGGGUAAAUACUGACCACAGUUUUAUUUUUUAUUUUUUACAAACAGGUACAAUAUCAUAUAGACAGAGGCCUGAGCAGGAUUUAUAUAGAAAAUAAUACAUUUUAAAAUAUAAUAAAAAGCAUAAUAAUUGUCUUAAGUUUACAUGCGUUUCUGUUCUUCAUCAAUAUAAAGAGCCACUGUGUUUUUCUGUUGCUCAUUAGAAAAAAACGAGAUUUCAGUCUUGGAGGUGUGUUUCCUGACCGAUUCCGCAUUUGGUUAAUGAUGUUUGUCCCUCAUGAGACACUGUAGACACGGAAGUCUGUUUCACUUCAUCAAAAUCCCCAAAAUGAAUCGAAGAUAACUCAAGAAAUCUGUAAUUAAGUUUUUGCCAAGGAUGUUUUUUGUUGCGCAAUUUUACAUCUAACUAAGGUGUAUGUAUUUCUCAAGUUAACAAAUAUGCAACGUGUUGUCUCAUGUAAACAAAGUUGGAGCUGCUGGGCAGGUCUAUCUCACUGAUAGAGAGCAAAUCAACACCCAACCUUAAUUUACCCAUUGUGAUGCACGGAUGUUCUAAACUCCGUUUUAGACAAGACUGACUUUAUGACCAAAAUUAUCCUGUUUACACUUUGUAGUCAAUUCUGACUCAUAUCGAUACCAAACAGGCCGUUUUCAAAAGGAUUUGUUGCUUAUUAAAGGCUGUUGCUCUUUAAGGGAUUCUGUAAUACCUUUUGGAAUUCAUGUUAGAAAACAAUAAAGUUGGGGGAAGUCUUCAUUAAUUUUGCUUUGUGGAUGAAAGAUUUUGUAAGAUGUAUUACAACAUUGGUCAGAAAUUCCAUAUUCCUAUUAGAAAAUCUAAAAGAAAGGCCUUAGGAAUAGCAUUAACGAUGUUGCUGCAUUGCAAAGUAGAGGGUAUGAAAUCAAAUUGAACACAAAAAUAAUUAUAAGAGAGAACAUCCCACCCAUCGUUCAUGACAUCUAAUACAGACCACAUAUUCCUCUCCAACUAGUCAGCCAGAACAUCCCACCCCUUCAUUCAUGAUAUUUAAUACGGACCAUCCAGUGCUCUGGAUAAGAUAGAGUAAUUAUGGGGUGUAAAGCGUCUUCCAGUAGAGAAGGGCUUGCUGGAGAAAGGCCGAUAACUCGACAGGGAGCGUUGAGAUACUGGCAUCACAUGAAAGGAGAAAACGUAAUCCGCCCACUUUUCUAAACAUUUCUCUACACAUACUAAACCAGAAGGCAUAACUGUUCCUCAAAAAAAGGACUUUAACCAGUUAACUUUCAAAGUGCCAUUAAAGCAGUCCUAAUCAUUCUCAAACUACGUUCUUUAAAGUCUAACCCUUCUUGGUAUAAUGGGUUCGGUUAUUAAAGAUGUUUUGAAGUUGUCGCUGGAAAUUCUAAUCAAUAACGAGGAGAGACAAGGUCAACCACCAAUCAGGAACGAGGAGAGACAAGGUCAACCACCAAUCAGGAUAUUACUUUAUUCAAAAACGUAUUAAUAAGGCAGCAGGUCACACCACACACACCUGUGAAUGGAGUGAGUGCUCUGCAAUACUGAGGCUGGUCGACCCAACACUCUGAAUGGAGUGAGUGCUCUGCAAUACUGAGGCUGGUCGACCCAACACUCUGAAUGGAGUGAGCGCUCUGCAAUACUGAGGCUGGUCGACCCAACACUCUGAAUGGAGUGAGCGCUCUGCAAUACUGAGGCUGGUCGACCCAACACUCUUGAGUCUAGAGGCCAAGAGCUCUGACAUUCAAAGAUCUUUUACAGCACGAUACACCCACUUAGUCUGUGUAUGACAAACAACAGAUGUGUGGAAUGAGUCAAAAAGGUUAGGAUUCAUAUGAAAGACAUUAAUAAUUCACAGCAGACAGUAUCUGCUGCGAAGACUGUUCUCAUUGUAUGGAAACCAGGGUUUGGCCCCCAAAGACAAGGUUCUUAUCAACUAUUCAUAACAGAUCUCGUCCCUGGUACCUUACAGACACCAAUUCAGUCUAUGAAAAUGCAGGCUCAGUCAGACCAGAGACAUCUCCCUCUCACACACCACGAAUCAUGAAAUGAAAAUGUGGCUGUUGGUUUUAUCACCUAGUCAUCACUCAAUCAGUUGUCAGCUCCAGAUACCCCUAUCUCUAGUCAAACCCGUGUCCCUGACCACACGCCUAGACUAGUCAAACCCGUGUCCCUGACCACACGCCUAGACUAGUCAAACCCGUGUCCCUGACCACACGCCUAGACUAGCUGCAGGGAUCCGGAGUAGAAACCUUCCCUUUACAAAAAAAAAAACACAGCAUUAGUAGAACAGUAUAGAAUUGUUAACUAUUAAUAUUAAACAAAGCAGGUAAACAUGUUACACGUACAUUUUUCUCUCACAAUGUCCUUUAUGUAUUUAACUAUAUUUGGGGAGAGGCUAAAUAAUAGGCGGGGUAUAUGCAUCUAGAUAAACUUUCCAUUUUAGUCAAGUAUACUCUGCCCAAAACGGAAAGAUCUCUUUGAAGCCAUAAGUUUAACGUGGACAUACACUCCUGGAUUUGAUUAAACAUAUUAAUUGUAUCACUUGUAUCAGAAUCUUUGGUGAUAUGAAUACCUAGGUACAGUAUUUUAUCUCUAAUCUAACUGGGAUAUAAAAAAAAAAAAUAGCCACUGGAAUUUGAUGUUCAUUUUUAAGAAAGACUGUGGUGUUGUCAGCUAGUUGGCUAACUGAGAUGUCAGUACCCAGCACAGAUGGCUUUUUAUAUCAUUACAGUUCUUUAGCUGGAUAGCCAGCAUCUCAGCCGCCAUGAUGAAUAGAUAUGGACUAAUUGGACAACCUUGUCUAAUACCAAGUUUAACGUCUAAACGAGGUGAUGUGCCACCUGUUAAUGACAUAGUUAUUUAUGUCCCGGUAGCCUUGAUCAAAUCUAUGAACGUAUCCCCAAAACCCAAUAGUUCAAGUACCCGGAAGAUGAAAUGAUAUUUGACCGUAUCAAAAAGCUUUAUAAAAGAUAAAACAGUCAUCCUCAUUUAGGGUCUCUGUAUUCAAGUAAGUCUAAGACUAAUUUUAUGUUGUUGUGAAUUGAUCUACCGUUCAUGAAACCAGAUUGUGUUUCGCUGAUGACUUGUUCCAUACCUUUCUUAAGGUGAUUUGUGUUAACAUAGGCUAACAGUUUAAAAUCUGUCGAUAGGAGGGUCUGUUAUCCAAGAAUUGGGGAUAUUUUCCAGGCUUGGGAAUCAAGAUGAUUACACCUUGUUUCAUAGUGGUAGAGUGUGUUUAUUUAUUUUUAACCUUUAUUUAACUAGGCAAGUCAGUUAAGAACAAAUUCUAAUUUACAAUGACGGCCUACACCGGCCAAACCCGGACGACGCUGGGCCAAUUGUGCGCUGCCCUAUGGGACUCCCAAUCACAGCUGGUUGUGAUACAGCCUGGAAUCGAACCACGGGGGUCUGUAGUGACGCCUCAAGCACUGAGAUGUAGUGCCUUAGACCGCUGCGCCACUCGGGAGCCCAGUGUAAUCUGUAAGGAUAUCCACAUAUCGAAGGUUUUCCCAGAAAUGCUUGUAAAUGUUUGCAGUAAGGCCAUCAUUUCCUGGUAAUAAGAAGAUUUUAAUUAAACUUCCAGUAGCCAUUAUUGCCUCAGAUGUAAUGAGAUAAUUGCAUAGUUUGUUAAUAGGGAAGCAGACAGAUACUUCUGAAAUACAUUCUUAAACAACAUUAGAAUCUAACCAAUGGUCAAUUCUAGAAGAAUGAGAAGCAAUGGGUUUAAACCAAGAUAAUUGUACUAUUUCAGGCUAAAGUCAGUUAAAGAAUAGUUAACCGUUUAAAUAGUUUACAAUUAUUUAAAGAAAUAAGUGUAAACAUAAAAAUAAAUGCUAGUCAAACGACUAGCUAAAUGUAAACAAGAGAGGUUUUAACUUACUACUGUAGUAAGAAGAACAAUGGCCCUUUUUAAAACUAUAACAUCUCUCCUCGUAAUCAGGUUAGCUGACUGUAAACUAUAACAUCUCUCCUCGUAAUCAGGUCAAGUUAGCUGACUGUAAACUAUAACAUCUCUCCUCGUAAUCAGGUAAAGUUAGCUGACUGUAAACUAUAACAUCUCUCCUCGUAAUCAGGACAAGUUAGCUGACUGUAAACUAUAACAUCUCUCCUCGUAAUCAGGUAAAGUUAGCUGACUGUAAACUAUAACAUCUCUCCUCGUAAUCAGGACAAGUUAGCUGACUGUAAACUAUAACAUCUCUCCUCGUAAUCAGGUCAAGUUAGCUGACUAAACUAUAACAUCUCUCCUCGUAAUCAGGUCAAGUUAGCUGACUGUAAACUAUAACAUCUCUCCUCGUAAUCAGGUCAAGUUAGCUGACUGUAAACUAUAACAUCUCUCCUCGUAAUCAGGUCAAGUUAGCUGACUGUAAACAUUUCACUACCUGUGUUUAGUGUUUCCAAAGCUAUGGGGUAAUAGUAAUGCGAUGUCCGUUAAUUAAUCAGAAUUCAUUUGGAGGCUUUUUGCAUUCAGGAGCUCUUCCAUGGCGGGUGUGGGAGGGUUACCCACCUCUGUGUGGGAGGGUUACCCACCUCUGUGUGGGAGGGUUACCCACCUCUGUGUGGGAGGGUUACCCACCUCUGUGUGGGAGGGUUUACCCACCUCUGUGUGGGAGGGUUACCCACUUUAGCUAACAUGUUGCGGUUGAGGGGCGCUGUGGACAAUGUCUAAUUUUUUCGCAGUUAUUUUGUUGUUUGGCAUUUUACAAGGUACCUUUUCGACAUACAACUCAGCACUCUAAAAAAAAAAUUAAGAGAGAUAAAUCUUAGAAUAUAGAAUCUGGGACUUGGCCCAAAGAACAAACUAAAGUGUGACUGCUUGGUAUGCCGCCAUCUUGCCGGACAGCACAGAGUUUUUAACCCAGAGGCCUUCACUUCCUGGAUGCAGAUUAAGACCAGGGUUUGGAUUCAACGGAUGAGUCAACGGAUGAGUCAAUGGAUGAGCGACAAAUUCCUCCCUGGUUGUUAAUUAUUCUCAAAAUCUAAAUGAACAACACCAGCUUCAAGCUAGUUAUUUAAGUAGCUGACUUCGGACUGUUUGACCCCCCAGGUGUGGUCUGAUGUGGUCUCUGUGUUUUCUUUCUCCCCCAGGUGUGGUCUGAUGUGGUCUCUGUGUUUUCUUCUCCCCCAGGUGUGGUCUGAUGUGGUCUCUGUGUUUUCUUCUCCCCCAGGUGUGGUCUGAUGUGGUCUCUGUGUUUUCUUUCUCCCCCAGGUGUGGUCUGAUGUGGUCUCUGUGUUUUCUUUCUCCCCCAGGUGGCAGAUACACUGCUGGACUGCAGGAAGCACCUGACCUGGGUGGUGGCCGUGCUGCAGGAGGUGGCGGCUGCAGGGGCGCAGAUGGUUUCCCGUCUGGGGGAGCAGGAGGGGCUCUCCGCCCUCAAACUAGAGGAGGUGGCCUUUAAGGCUGGGGAGCAGGUACACACGACCAAACAAUUCAGUCCCAUUCAAAUCCUAUUUUCCCUAACCUUAAACCUAACCUUAACCCUAACCUUAACCUUAAACUGAACCCUAACCUUAAACCUAACCCUAACACCAAACACUUAACCUAAACCUAACUACAAACCCUAACCCUACGCACUAGCAUUUUUCCUUGGUCUUCUCCACAACGAUAGUAAAACCAAAAAUACACACACACCUUACCUCUAUAUCUAACCUGACUGUCUCCAGAGUUAUGGAAUUCAGGGUGCUAAAACCUUACCUCUAUAUCUAACCCGACUGUCUCCAGAUCUAUGGAACUCAGUUUGCUAACACCUUACCUCUAUAUCUAACCCGACUGUCUCCAGAUCUAUGGAAUUCAGGGUGCUAAAACCUUACCUCUAUAUCUAACCCGACUGUCUCCAGAUCUAUGGAAUUCAGGGUGCUAACACCUUACCUCUAUAUCUAACCCGACUGUCUCCAGAUCUAUGGAAUUCAGGGUGCUAACACCUUACCUCUAUAUCUAACCCGACUGUCUCCAGAUCUAUGGAAUUCAGGGUGCUAAAACCUUACCUCUAUAUCUAACCCGACUGUCUCCAGAUCUAUGGAAUUCAGGGUGCUAACACCUUACCUCUAUAUCUAACCCGACUGUCUCCAGAUCUAUGGAACUCAGGGUGCUAAAACCUUACCUCUAUAUCUAACCCGACUGUCUCCAGAUCUAUGGAAUUCAGAGUGCUAACACCUUACCUCUAUAUCUAACCCGACUGUCUCCAGAUCUAUGGAACUCAGGGUGCUAACCCCUAUGAGUGCCUGCGCCAGUCCUGCUGCAUCGUCAUAGCAACAAUGAACAAGAUGGCCACCGCCAUGCAGGAAGGAGAGUACGACGCAGAGAGACCCCAGAUCAUGGUAACUAUAGCAACAUCUGACUGUAGAUACUGUAUUAGAGACACCAAAACAUAGUAACAUCUAGCAACAGCAACAUCUAACCGUAUUGCACUGUAGACUUCAGAUCAUGGUAACUAUAGCAACAGCUGACUGUAUUGUACUAUGGCCCCAGAUCAUGGUAACUAUAGCAACAUCUAACCGUAUUGCACUGUAGACCUCAGAUCAUGGUAACUAUAGCAACAGCAACAGCUGACUGUUGGUUCUGUAUUAGCGACCCCAAAACAUAUUAACUAUGGGAUGCAUGUAGACAACAUGACCAGGUGCUGUCAUUGAAGACCACAUAAUGUAGCCUCAGUCCCAGAACUUAGCCUCAGGUUAAACAUACUGAUUGAAGACCGUCUGUGUCUGUCUUCCAUGUUUAGUUGGAACUGGAAGAUACACUACCGUUCAAAAGUUUGGGGUCACUUAGAAAUGUCCUUGUUUUCCAUGAAAACAUACAUGAAAUGAGAUUGAAUAGGAAAUAUAGCAAAAAUGCAUAGGAAAUGUAGUCAUUGACAAGGUUAGAAAUAAUGAUUUUUAAUAGAAAUAAUAAUUGUGUCCUUCAAACUUUGCUUUCUUCAAAGAAUCCUACAUUUGCAGCAAUUACAGCCUUGCAGACCUUUGGCAUACUUGUUGGUCAAUUUGUUGUAUCUGAAGAGAAUUUCCCCAAAUCAAAAGGGUUUUUUGCCCGGGGGCCCCCCAAAAACAGUCCCCCCGAGCCCCCCUUAAAAACCCCUUUCGUUUGGGGGAUUUUUGGGGAAGGAAACCCAACACGGCCCCCGGGGGGGAAGGGUUGCAAAAAGGGAAAAACCCCCCCCAAAGAAACCCCUUACCCAAAAUUAAAACCCCCCAAAAAACCCCCAAACCCCCGCCCCAACCCGCGAGGGCCCCCUCCCCGCCCAUUUUGGGCUGGAAAAAAAUUUUUUGAUCGUCCCAAACACCCCAAUUUUUUGGGCCCCCGGCUUUUGCCCACAAAACCCCUUUUUUUUUUUUUUCCGUCUUUGGGUUUUAGCCCCGCCAGAAAACCCCCCCCAACCCCCACGACGGGGGAAACCCGGGUUUUUUUUUUACUUUAAGAAGGGGGGGCCUCUCCCGUUUCCAAAAACCAAGGGCCCCGCCAAACCCGGGGUCCACCCUUUUCCCUUUUGGGAGCCAUUUUUCCGUUCGGUCAAAUCUGCUCCCACAACAGCUCAAUAGGGUUGAGAUCCGGUGACUGUGCUGGCCACUCCAUUAUAGACAGAAUACCAGCUGACUGCUUCUUCCCUUAAUAGUUCUUGCAUAGUUUGGAGCUGUGCUUUGGGUCAUUGUCCUGUUGUAGAAGGAAAUUGUCUCCAAUUCAAGCGGCCGUCCACCAGGGUAUGGAAUGGCGUUGCAAAUGGAGUAAUAGCCUUCCUUCUUCAAGAUCCCUUUUAACCCUGUACAAAUCUCCCACUUUACCUCCACCAAAGCACCCCCAGACCAUCACAUUGCCUCCAACCAUGCUUGACCAGAUGGCAUCAAGCACUCCUCCAGCAUCUUUUCAUUUGGUCUGCGUCUCACAAAUGUUCUUUGAUCUGUCCAUAACACUUUUUUCCAAUCUUCCUCUGUCCAGUGUCUGUGUUCUUUUGCCCAUCUUAAUCUUUUAUUUUUAUUGGCCAGUCUGAGAUAUGGCUUUUUAUUUGCAACUCUGCCUAGAAGGUCAGCAUCCCGGAGUCACCUCUUCACUGUUGACGUUGAGACCGGUGUUUUGCGGGUACUAUUUAAUGAAGCUGCCAGUUGAGGACCUGUGAGGCGUCUGUUUCUCAAACUAGACACUAAUGUGUUUGUCCUCUUGCUCAGUUGUGCACCGGGGCCUCCCACUCCUCUUUCUAUUCUGGUUAGAGCCAGUUUGCGCUGUUCUGUGAAGGGAGUAGUACACAGCGUUGUACGAGAUCUUCAGUUUCUUGGCAAUUACUCGCAUGGAAUAGCCUUCAUUUUUCAGAACAAGAAUAGACUGACGAGUUUCAGAAUAAAGUUGUUUCUGGACAUUUUGAUUCUGUAAUCGAACCCACAAUUGCUGACGCUCCAGAUACUCAACUAGUCUCAAGAAGGCCAGUUUUAUUGCUUCUUUAAUCAGCACAACAGUUUUCAGCUGUGCUAACAUAAUUGCAAAAGGGUUUUCUAAUGAUCAAUUAGCCUUAUAAAAUGAUAAACUUGGAUUAGCAAACACAACGGUGCCAUUGGAACACAGGACUGAUGGUUGCUGAUAAUGGGCGUCUGUACGCCUAUGUAGAUAAUUCCAUAAAAAAUCUGCCAUUUCCAGCUACAAUAGCCAUUUACAACAUUAAGAAUGUCUACACUGUAUUUCUGAUCAAUUUGAUGUUCUUUUAAUGGACAAAAAAAUUGCUUGUAGGAACUGUGCUAUAUCAAGUCUGAUUGAUUGAUUGAUUGAUGUGGUUGUCCCUCCCCAGACCCUUCCUCCGGUGGAGCUGCGUGCGGCGGCCCUCAGAGCUGAGAUCACCGACGCAGAGGGACUGGGCAUGAAGCUGGAGGACAGAGAGACGGUCGUCAAGGAGCUCAAGAAGUCGCUCAAGAUCAAGGUACGCUAAAACGUUUCCCCGGUGACCUCAUCGAUGAACGCAUCACCCUGACAGAGUUAACCGCCUUACCAAUAAGGCUGGGAUUUCAAUACCGUCGCGCUUGUAGACAAUGCGGGCUUUUUUCAAGGCGAUGUUACCGUGUUUAUGGAGACCGCAUUAAAAGGUAAAUGCUGCAGAUGUGGGUUCAAUCGGAAAUUACCUUUAAAAUGUCAAACAGUGCGGUUUCAGAUGUAAAUCCCGACCUAAGGCUGAACACUGUAGGCUAAAUGAACCCUUCCUAUAUGUUCACAUUGAGAGAUGGUUCCCUUGCAGGACAGUAUCGCCAGGGAUCAUUACAGUUACUUGAAAAUAACUGUCUAACGUGGGUGUCAAAUCAAAAUCUAAUAUUAUUUUAUUGGUCGCGUACACAUAUUUAACAGAUGUUAUCGCCGGUGUAGCGAAACGCUUGUGUUCCCAGCUCCAACAGUGCAGUAAUAUCUAACAAUACAAAACAAUACACACAUCGUCCCAAAAAUAAAAAAUAAAGGAAUUAAGACAUAAUUCUGAGCAAUGUUAGAAAUAACAACAACAACAAAAAUUAGGAGCUAGGAACAGGGCGACCAUGUCUUGUUGACGCCAUCAUUGAAAUUGUGUGUGUCCCCUCAGGGAGAGGAGCUGAGCGAGGCCAGCGUGCGUCUCAGUCUGUUGGAGAAGAAACUAGACAGUUCAUCUAAAGACGCAGACGAGCGCGUGGAAAAGAUCCAGACACAACUAGACGAGACUCAGACUCUGCUCAAGAAGAAAGAGAAGUAGGAAACACAACACAAUUAUGUCUAGAUGGGAUACAUGUAGUGGACAUGAGUCAUCUAGAUGGGAUACAUGUAGUGGACACGAGUCAUCUAGAUGGGAUACAUGUAGUGGACAUGAGUCAUCUAGAUGGGAUACAUGUAGUGGACAUGAGUCAUCUAGAUGGGAUACAUGUAGUGGACAUGAGUCAUCUAGAUGGGAUACAUGUAGUGGACAUGAGUCAUCUAGAUGGGAUACAUGUAGUGGACCUGAGUCAUCUAGAUGGGAUACAUGUAGUGGGACAUGAAGUCAUCUAGAUGGGAUACAUGUAGUGGACAUGAGUCAUCUAGAUGGGAUACAUGUAGUGGACAUGAGUCAUCUAGAUGGGAUACAUGUAGUGGACAUGAGUCAUCUAGAUGGGAUACAUGUAGUGGACAUGAGUCAUCUAGAUGGGAUACAUGUAGUGGACAUGAGUCAUCUAGAUGGGAUACAUGUAGUGGACAUGAGUCAUCUAGAUGGGAUACAUGUAGUGGACAUGAGUCAUCUAGAUGGGAUACAUGUAGCGGACAUGAGUCGUUCAUUGUUGCUCAUGGUCACGUGAUGAGGUAGCCCCGCCUGCGACAUUAAAAUCAGUGUUUCCCUCUUGGGCCAAGGAACGACACUGUUUUUGAAGUCGCAGGCGGGGCUACCUCGCCAUGAGAAACCAUGACCGACUCAUGUCCGCUACAUACACUCUUAGAAAAAAUGGUUCCAAAAGGGGUUUUCAGCUGUCACCAUAGGAGAACCCUUGUUGGUUCCAGGUAGAACCCUCUGUUGGGUUCCAUGUGGAACCCUCUGUAAAAAGGGUUCUACAUGGAACUCAAAAGUGUUCUACCUGGAACCAAAAAGGGUUCUCCUAUGGGGGACAGCCGAAGAACCCUUUUAGGUUCUAGAUAGCACCUUUUUUCUAAGAGUGUACAGCAGGGCUCUCCAACCCUGUUCCUGGAGAGAUACCGUCCUGUAGGUUUUAACUCCAACCCUGUUUCUGGAGAGAUACCGUCCUGUAGGUUUUUCACUCCAACCCUAAUCUAGCGCACCUGAUUGCAAUAAUUAUCUGGUUGAUAAGCUGAAUCAGGUUAGUUACAACUGGGGUUGGAGCGAAAAUCUACAGGAGGGUAGCUCUCCAGGAAGAGGGUUGAACCCUGGUAUAGAGAGAAUAUGGAGGAUAGUGUUGACAUAUCCAACAUUGCUCCAGUUUAUUUUCUGAAUUGACUGAAUUGAAAUGGAAUUGAUCCCAACCCUGGUUAUCACCAGUGUAUCCUUACUAUAGAGGGGUCAUUGUCAAUCAGGCUGAUCCAGAAUCAGUUUAUAACAGAUGUAUAUUUCCUCUGUAGGGAGUUUGAGGAGACCAUGGACGCGCUGCAGGCUGACAUCGACCAAUUGGAGUCCGAGAAGGCGGAUCUGAAGCAGCGUCUGAACAGUCAAUCAAAGAUGACCAUGGACGGGCUGAGAGGAGCGCCAGCGUCGGGCAUCGCCUCCAUGGUCACGGGGAUGACAGGAGGUUAGUGGGGCAUCAUCUUCCGAAUAGGGCCUUGAAACCAUUUAAGACUUGUAUGUUAUUCAUACUCCCAUCUGUUAGGGGCCGAUUCAGACUUAGGAAACCUUUCCUACUAACUUCUCAGUAGUUGGUAUUCAGACUUACCUUAUGCAGGUGCGUAACGGCUUUGCAGGCGUGGUUCCCUUGCGCGCUCUGAAUAAAUUUCAUUCAACUGCUGAAACCCCCCCCCCCCAGAUUGCAGUUUCUCUAGAGAUAAAUCAGAUCCAGCCUGAACUGUGAGAUGUAGUAGGGAGUUGUAGUUUUCCAACAGGCCAAUAUUCUACAUAGUGUAGCACAUAAAACCUGGUAAUUAACUACAAUGACCACAAUCCAUUGAGCAUCUACUUGUCUGGUCUGUUUAUUUUACUCCUGCUGUGGAAGAGACAGCAGAAUGCGAUUGUUAAGGGAUGUAGAGAUCAGCUGUCGCUUCGUGAGGCAUCUCUACCUGGAAAUACAUGAUCUGAGUGGUUGAUAGUAGAUAUUCAGCAGUCAAAAAAGUCUGCCUUAUUUACUUUGAAGAAACUACUAAAAUAGUGAUUUAGUCAGACAGCACAGGCAGCUGCUCUAUAGAGAUGAGAUGAUGACUUGGAAUGAAAUAAUACAGUCAAAUAAAACAAAAGUAAUAUAUACAAUGACUGAAAUAUUUUAUUAAAGUAAAGUAAUGUGAAUAAAUGAUGGUUAAGUGAUAAGCAGGAAUGGGCAGUCAGCACCAUCACGGGGCUUGUAUUAAUUGGUUUAUUCUGUGUUACAGCAUUCAACUCAAAUAAUCGAAACUGAAAUCGAAAACAAUCGAACCGACCUCAAAAAGCACUAAUCGCUCAGCACUAUUCUGUAAUUAAGACAUUCGAGUGCCCAAGUUAAAAGGCUGGUCAAUUUAAAUUCUGCAUAAUGGCACAGCAUUUCAUCAACUUUACUGUGGGAAAGGUGACAUGUUGAUAUGCUUCAGUUUGCUGCCAUAUGACUGGUUUCAUCUUUGUCUCCAGGGAUCAGAAGGUAAAAUAAUCUAAAACAAUUGUACUUUAUAUUUCCAAUUCCCUUCUCCAAACGGAUUACUCAUUUACCUAGCUCUUACCAAUAGCUCUUAUCAAGUUGUAAAUUACGGUGCAUGGAGAAUGGUGUUAUUUCUAUUAGAAAAAAUGAAGUAGAUGCUUUUUCCCCACGUGGAACUGGGAAGUUCGCUAGACCUUAUUAUUAUUCAUGGUUUCCUGGCGCGUAAAGGUGGUGGCAUUAUGAGGGAAUUAAGUCCAGGUCAGAAUACGGCGUAUCUGUCGACCAGAGGAGGCUGCUGAGGGGAGGACGGAGUCCGUUCCAGCCAUUACUAUGAGCCGUCCUCCACUGCUGUAGACGCACCUUCCAGCCAUUACUAUGAGCCGUCCUCCACUCCACUGCUGUAGACGCACCUUCCAGCCAUUACUAUGAGCCGUCCUCCACGGCUGUAGACACACCUUCAUUCAUUCCAUCUCCACCCCAAAUAAAUAGCAGGUGAAUUUCAUGCCAUUCUCAUGCUUCAGUUCAAGAUCAGAAUACGCAAAGAGAGAAAAGUCCAUAAAAAGGGAACUAUGUUCCAUUAACCCACGCUGAACUCAGGUCUGAAUUCCCCCCUUGGAUGUUACUGAAAUAAUUUCACUGUUAUUCACACUCAGAUCUGUUCUAGAUAAACACUGUUAUUCACACUCAGAUCUGUUCUAGAUAAACACUGUUAUUCACACUCAGAUCUGUUCUAGAUAAACACUGUUAUUCACACUCAGAUCUGUUCUAGAUAAACACUGUUAUUCACACUCAGAUCUGUUCUAGAUAAACACUGUUAUUCACACUCAGAUCUGUUCUAGAUAAACACUGUUAUUCACUCAGAUCUGUUCUAGAUAAACACUGUUAUUCACUCAGAUCUGUUCUAGAUAAACACUGUUAUUCACUCAGAUCUGUUCUAGAUAACACUGUUAUUCACACUCAGAUCUGUUCUAGAUAAACACUGUUAUUCACACUCAGAUCUGUUCUAGAUAAACACUGUUAUUCACACUCAGAUCUGUUCUAGAUAAACACUGUUAUUCACUCAGAUCUGUUCUAGAUAAACACUGUUAUUCACACUCAGAUCUGUUCUAGAUAAACACUGUUAUUCACACUCAGAUCUGUUCUAGAUAAACACUGUUAUUCACACUCAGAUCUGUUCUAGAUAAACACUGUUAUUCACACUCAGAUCUGUUCUAGACUAACACUGUUAUUCACACUCAGAUCUGUUCUAGAUAAACACUGUUUUACACACUCAGAUCUGUUCUAGAUAAACACUGUUAUUCACACUCAAUCUGUUCUAGAUAAACACUGUUAUUCACCACUCAGAUCUGUUUCUAGAUAAACACUGUUAUUCACACUCAGAUCUGUUCUAGACUAAACUGUUAUUCACACCAGAUCUGUUCUAGAAAAAACCUGUUAUUCACUCAGAUUGUUCUAGUAAACCUGUUAUUCACUCAGAUCUGUUCUAGAAAAAACGUUAUUCCACCGACGUUCUAAUAAAAAGUUUUCACAUCAGUUGUUCUAGAUAACACUGUUUUUCCUCGAUCUGUUCUAGAUAAAAACUGUUUUCACACUCAGAUCUGUUUCUAGAUAAACCUGUUAUCACACUCAGAUCUGUUCUAGAUAACACUGUUAUUCACCUCGAUUUUCUAAAAAACACUGUUAUUCCCCACUGUCUGUUCAGAUAAAACUGUUAUUCCACUCAGUCUGUUCUAGAUAACAGUUAUUUCCCCCCUCAAUCUUUCGACUAACACUGUUUUUCACACCGAUCUUCUGAUAAACACUGUUUUCAAUCGUCUGUUCAAUAAACUGUUUUUUUUCAAUCAGACGUUAUGUUUUUCAAUUUAAUUCACAGUUCAGAGAUGGUGUGAAGAAAAGGAUGCCCCUUUGGGCCCAAACUGAACCCCCCUCCCCCCCCCCCUUCCCCCCCCCCCCCCCCCGCUCCCCCCGCUCCCCUCCCCUCCCCCUCUCCCCUCUCUCCCCGCCCCCUUUUGUAGGAGUUUGAGGAGACCAUGGAUGCGCUGCAGGCUGACAUCGACCAAUUGGAGUCCGAGAGGCGGAUCUGAAGCAGCGUCUGAACAGUCAAUCAAAGAUGACCAUGGACGGGCUGAGAGGAGCGCCAGCGUCGGGCAUCGCCUCCAUGGUCACGGGGAUGACAGGAGGUUAGUGGGGCAUCAUAGCGUCGGGCAUCGCCUCCAUGGUCACGGGGAUGACAGGAGGUUAGUGGGGCAUCAUAGCGUCGGGCAUCGCCUCCAUGGUCACGGGGAUGACAGGAGGUUAGUGGGGCAUCAUACGUCGGCAUCGCCUCCAUGGUCACGGGGAUGACAGGAGGUUAGUGGGGCAUCAUAGCGUCGGGCAUCGCCUCCAUGGUCACGGGGAUGACAGGAGGUUAGUGGGGCAUCAUAGCGUCGGGCAUCGCCUCCAUGGUCACGGGGAUGACAGGAGGUUAGUGGGGCAUCAUCUUCCGAAUAGGGCCUUGAAACCAUUUAAGACUUGUAUGUUAUUCAUACUCCCAUCUGUUAGGGGCCGAUUCAGACUUAGGAAACCUUCCCUACGAACUUCUCAGUAGUUGGUAUUCAGACUUACCUUAUGCAGGUGCGUAACGGCUUUGCAGGCGUGGUUCCCUUGCGCGCUCGGAAUAAAUUUCAUUCAACUGCUGAACUCAACUCAAAUAAUCGAAUCUGAAAUCGAAAACAAUCGAACCGACCUCAAAAAGCACUAUUCGCUCAGCACUAUUCUGUAAUUAAGACAUUCGAGUGCCCAAGUUAAAAGGCUGUACAAUUUAAAUUCUGCAUAAUGGCACAGCAUUUCAUCAACUUUACUGUGGGAAAGGUGAUAUGUUGAUAUGCUUCAGUUUGGUGCCAUAUGACUGGUUUCACAUGUGUCUCCAGGGAUCAGAAGGUAAAAUAAUCUAAAACAAUUGUACUUUAUAUUUACAAUUCCCUUAUCCAAACGGAUUACUCAUUUACCUAGCUCUUAUCAAUAGCUCUUAUCAAGUUGUAAAUUACAGUGCAUGGAGAAUGGUGUUAUUUCCAUUGGAAACAAAUGAAGUAGAUUCUUUUUUCCCCACGUUGAACUGGGAGGUUCCGCUAGACCCUUAUUAUUAUUCAUGGUUUCCCUGGCGCGUAAAGGUGGUGCAUUAUGAGGGAAUUAAGUCCAGGUCAGAAUACGGCGUAUCUGUCGACCAGUGGGAGGCAUGCUGAGGGGAGGACGGAGUCCGUUCCAGCCAUUACUAUGAGCCGUCCUCCACGGCUGUAGACGCACCUUCCAGCCAUUACUACCAGUGGGGGAAAAAAAAGUAUUUAGUCAGCCACCAAUUGUGUAAGUUCUCCCACUUAAAAAGAUGAGAGAGGCCUGUCAUUUUCAUCAUAGGUACACGUCAACUAUGACAGACAAAAUGAGAAAAAAAUUCCAGAAAAUCACAUUGUAGGAUUUUUUAUGAAUGUAUUUGCAAAUUAUGGUGGAAAAUAAGUAUUUGGUCAAUAACAAAAGUUUUCUCAAUACUUUGUUAUAUACCCUUUGUUGGCAAUGACACAGGUCAAACGUUUUCUGUAAGUCUUCACAGGUUUUCACAACCACUGUUGCUGGUAUUUUGGCCCAUUCCUCCAUACAGAUCUCCUCUAGAGCAGUGAUGUUUUGGGGCUGUCGCUGGGCAACACGGACUUUCAAACUCCCUCCAAAGAUUUUCUAUGGGGUUGAGAUCUGGAGACUGGCUAGGUCACUCCAGGACCCUUGAAAAUGCUUCUUACGAAGCCACUCCUUCAUUGCCCGGGCGGUGUGUUUGGGAUCAUUGUCAUGCUGAAAGACCCAGCCACGUUUCAUCUUCAAUGCCCUUGACUGAUGGAAGGAGGUUUUCACUCAAAAUCUCACGAUACAUGGCCCCAUUCAUUCUUUCCUUUUACACGGAUCAGUCGUCCUGGUCCCUUUGCAGAAAAACAGCCCCAAAGCAUAAUGUUUCCACCCCCAGGCUGUCACAGUAGGUAUGGUUGUUCUUUGGAUGCAACUCAGCAUUCUUUGUCCUCCAAACACGACGAGUUGAGUUUUUUACCAAAAAGUUCUAUUUUGGUUUCAUCUGACCAUAUGACAUUCUCCCAAUCCUCUUCUGGAUCAUCCAAAUGCACUCUAGCAAACUUCAGACGGGCCUGGACAUGUACUGGCUUAAGCAGGGGGACACGUCUGGCACUGCAGGAUUUGAGUCCCUGGUGGCGUAGUGUGUUACUGAUGGUAGGCUUUGUUACUUUGGUCCCAGCUCUCUGCAGGUCAUUCACUAGGUCCCCCCGUGUGGUUCUGGGAUUUUUGCUCACCGUUCUGUGAUCAUUUUGACCCCACGGGGUGAGAUCUUGCGUGGAGCCCCAGAUCGAGGGAGAUUAUCAGUGGUCUUGUAUGUCUUCCAUUUCCUAAUAAUUGCUCCCACAGUUGAUUUCUUCAAACCAAGCUGCUUAUCUAUUGCAGAUUCAGUCUUCCCAGCCUGGUGCAGGUCUACAAUUUUGUUUCUGGUGUCCUUUGACAGCUCUUUGGUCUUGGCCAUAGUGGAGUUUGGAGUGUGACUGUUUGAGGUUGUGGACAGGUGUCUUUUAAACUGAUAACAAGUUCAAACAGGUGCCAUUAAUACAGGUAACGAGUGGAGGACAGAGGAGCCUCUUAAAGAAGAAGUUACAGGUCUGUGAGAGCCAGAAAUCUUGCUUGUUUGUAGGUGACCAAAUACUUAUUUUCCACCAUAAUUUGCAAAUAAAUUCAUUAAAAAUCCUAUAAUGUGAUUUUCUGGAUUUUUUUCCCUCAAUUUGUCUGUCAUAAUUGACGUGUACCUAUGAUGAAAAUUACAGGCCUCUCUCAUCUUUUUAAGUGGGAGAACUUGCACAAUUGGUGGCUGACUAAAUACUUUUUUUCCCCACUGUAUGAGCCGUCCUCCACUGCUGUAGACACACCUUCAUUCAUUCCAUCUCCACCCCAAACAAAUAGCAGGUGAAUUUAAUGCCAUUCUCAUGCUUCAGUUCAAGAUCAGAAUACGCAAAGAGAGAAAAGUCCAUAAAAAGGGAACUAUGUUCCAUUAACCCACGCUGAACUCAGGUCUGAAUUCCCCCCUUGGAUGUUACUGAAAUAAUUUCACUAGUAUUCACACUCAGAUCUGUUCUAGAUAACCACUGUUAUUCACACUCAGAUCUGUUCUAGAUAAACACUGUUAUUCACACUCAGAUCUGUUCUAGAUAAACACUGUUAUUCACACUCAGAUCUGUUCUAGAUAAACACUGUUAUUCACACUCAGAUCUGUUCUAGACUAACACUGUUAUUCACUCAGAUCUGUUCUAGAUAAACACUGUUAUUCACACUCAGAUCUGUUCUAGAUAAACAUUGUUAUUACACACCCAUCUGUUCUAGGAUAAACACUGUUAUUCACACUCAGAUCUGUUCUAGAUAAAACACUGUUAUUCACACUCAGAUCUGUUCUAGAUAAACACUGUUAUUCACAUCAACCUCCGAUCUGGUUCUAGAUAAACACUGUUAUUCACACUCAGAUCUGUUCUAGAUAAACACUGUUAUUCACACUCAGAUCUGUUCUAGAUAAACACGUUAUUCACACUCAGAUCUGUUCUAGAUAAACAUGUUAUUCACUCAGAUCUGUUCUAGAUAAACACUGUUAUUCACACUCAGAUCUGGUCUAGAUAAAACAUGUUAUUCACACUCAGAUCUGUUCUAGAUCAAACACUGUUAUUCACACUCAAUCUGUUCUAGAUAAACCAUGUUAUUCACACUCAGAUCUGUUCUAGAUAAACACUGUUAUUCACACUCAGAUCUGUUCUAGAUAAAACACUGUUAUUCACACUCAGAUCUGUUCUAGAUAAACACUGUUAUUCAACACUCAGAUCUGUUCUAGAUAAACAACUGUAUUCACACUCAGAUCUUGUUCUAGAUAAACACUGUUAUUCACACUCAGAUCUGUUCUAGAUAAACAACUGUUUAUUCACACUCCGAUCUGUCUAGACUAACACUGUUAUUCACACUCAGAUCUGUUCUAGAUAAAACACUGUUAUUCACUCAGAUCUGUUCUAGAUAAACACUGUUAUUCACACUCAGAUCUGUUCUAGAUAAACACUGUUAUUCACCUCAGAUCUGUUAUGUUAUGCACUCAUAUCUCACAAUUUAGAUGACUGGUGUGUAAGAAAGGAAUGUCCACUGGACCCCAACACUGUCACAUUCUCUCCCCCUCUUCCCCUACCUCGUCUCUCCCCCCUCUCCUCUCCUUUCUCCUCCUCCUCUCUCCCUCUUUCCCCUCCUCCUCUCUCCCUCUUUCCCCUACCCCCUCCCCACCUACUCCUCUCUCUCCCCCUCUCCCCUCCUCCUCUCUCUCCCCCUCUCCCCUCCUUCUCUCUCCCCUCCUCUUCCUCUCUGUCUAUCUCUACCCUUCUAAUCUACAGAAGAGCAGAAAGGUAUUUGUUGCCACCCUGCAUGUUUCUGCUACUGUAGUUCUGCUUCUUAGUAGUCUGUGUUAAUAGAAGUCUGUGUGUGUGUUAGUCUGUGUUAACUGUGUGUCCCUGUGUGUGUGUGUGUGUGUGUGUGUGUGUGUGUGUGUGUGUGUAUAUUGGCCUGUGUUAAUGUGUGUGUGUGUGUGUGUAUUGGCCUGUGUUAACUGCGUGUCCCUGUGUUAACUGUGUGUGUGUGUGUAUAUUGGCCUGUGUUAACUGCGUGUCCCUGUGUUAACUGUGUGUGUGUGUGUAUAUUGGCCUGUGUUAACUGCGUGUCCUGUGUGUGUGUGUGUGUAUAUAUUGGCCUGUGUUAACUGUGUGUGUGUCUCUGUGCCUCCCUACAGUGACUAUGGCCAGUAUUGGUCCCGGGUCGGGGGUCCAGGUGAUAGACUCUCCUCUCCUGACGCAGCAGAUUGAGGCUCAGAGACACAGCAUCAAACACCUGAAGAAUGAGAACAACAGACUCAAGGUAGGAAAGACCAUAGAGGUAGAUAGAUAGACCAUAGAGGUAGAUAGAUAGACCAUAGAGGUAGAUAGAUAGAUAGAUAGACCAUAGAGAUAGAUAGAUAGAUAGAUAGACCAUAGAGGUAGAUAGAUAGACCAUAGAGAUAGAUAGACCAUAGAGGUAGAUAGAUAGACCAUAGAGAUAGAUAGACCAUAGAGGUAGAUAGAUAGACCAUAGAGGUAGAUAGAUAGAUAGACCAUAGAGGUAGAUAGAUAGACCAUAGAGGUAGAUAGAUAGAUAGAUAGCCCAUAGAGGUAGAUAGAUAGAUAGACCAUAGAGGUAGAUAGAUAGAUAGACCAUAGAGGUAGAUAGAUAGAUAGACCAUAGAGGUAGAUAGAUAGACCAUAGAGGUAGAUAGAUAGAUAGACCAUAGAGGUAGAUAGAUAGAUAGACCAUAGAGAUAGAUAGACCAUAGAGGUAGAUAGAUAGACCAUAGAGGUAGAUAGAUAGAUAGACCAUAGAGGUAGAUAAUAGACCCUAUGAGAUAGAUAGAGAUAGAUAGAUAGACCAUACGAGUAGAUAGAUAGACCAUAGAGAUAGAUAGACCAUAGAGGUAGAUAGAUAGACCAUAGAGAUAGAUAGACCAUAGAGGUAGAUAGAUAGACCAUAGAGGUAGAUAGAUAGAUAGACCAUAGAGGUAGAUAGAUAGACCAUAGAGGUAGAUAGAUAGAUAGACCAUAGAGGUAGAUAGAUAGAUAGACCAUAGAGGUAGAUAGAUAGAUAGACCAUAGAGAUAGAUAGAUAGAUAGACCAUAGAGGUAGAUAGAUAGACCAUAGAGAUAGAUAGACCAUAGAGGUAGAUAGAUAGAUAGACCAUAGAGGUAGAUAGAAGACUCAUCUUUGUAUCUGUGACAUCGCCAUCGAGGGCUAUCUCCAUUUUAAGUAGUUUUCUUUUGUGUUUGAAAAAAGCGUAAAGAUUUACAGCCACCUGCAGUGCCUGAGUGCCAUUCUGUUAGUGCUAUCAUGUCAACGCCUUGUCACUCGUUGAAAGGUAGCCUGAGUACCAUUCUGUUAGUGCUAUCAUGUCAACGCCUUGUCACUCAUUGAAAGGUAGCCUGAGUUGCCAUUCUGUUAGUGCUAUCAUGUCAACGCCUUGUCACUCAUUGAAAGGUAGCCUGAGUGCCAUUCUGUUAGUGCUAUCAUGUCAACGCCUUGUCACUCGUUGAAAGGUAGCCUGAGUGCCAUUCUGUUAGUGCUAUCAUGUCAACGCCUUGUCACUCGUUGAAAGGUAGCCUGAGUGCCAUUCUGUUAGUGCUAUCAUGUCAACGCCUUGUCACUCGUUGAAAGGUAGCCUGAGUACCAUUCUGUUAGUGCUAUCACGUCAACGCCUUGUCACUCGUUGAAAGGUAGCCUGAGUGCCAUUCUGUUAGUGCUAUCAUGUCAACGCCUUGUCACUCAUUGAAAGGUAGCCUGAGUGCCAUUCUGUUAGUGCUAUCAUGUCAACGCCUUGUCACUCAUUGAAAGGUAGCCUGAGUGCCAGUCCAGGGGUUGGAACCGAAAACCGGAAAAUAACUAAAUGUUUCAAGGAACAGAAUCAGAACCGGGAACGAAAGUGAUCUAUACUGUUCCUGGAACAUAACCCUUAUUUUAAAAGCAUGGGAACCGGUUAAUAACGUUUAAUUUUACGUUCCGGGAUUUAUUUUCCAGUCCCACAAAAAAACUUAACAAAGCACCUAUGCAAAAUCCCUCCCUCUGUCAAUCUGAAACGUAUUCCAGUGUCUGCCUGCCAGCUGGACAUAUUUACCAGUGUGUUUGAGUGUAGGUUACCUCCCCCUCCUCCUCUGAAGCAUAGCUGUAACCUACUGACGUUACAAGCGUGAUUCAGAAGAUAGGGAGAGAUUUAAUUAAGAGAAGAAUGGAUUCACUUGUUCAACGCUAGUUAGGGAUACUAUCACAUUUCACAUUGGAUUUAUUAACUACAAAAAAGGUAAGACGUGUUAACUCUGGUGCCGCCCUGCACACACAAGCUUGUUAGCCAGCUAGCUUCUCUGGUCCAACAUUCAGCCAACUCUGAAGUUCAAAGACAUUCAAAGUUCCUGCAUAGAAGCCGUUCCUCCGUAGGUAUAAGUUUGUGGGCCUAAUUCAGAUAAUGCAUGUCAUCACAAGAUGCCCAGCACUUCAAGCCUCCUCCUCUCGCGCCCUUCACUUGUCUUUCCAUCACGCGUGUAAACAGCUCGCUGAGCUAUCGCUCGCCCGCUCCACAGCAAGCUGCUCUAUCCACACUGCAUGAUUGGUGAAGUAAUUGGUGUGUGUAAUUUCAUGUCGAGUUCAAUUUUAAUAAAAAUAAUAAUUAAUCAUUUAGCAGACGCUCUUAUCCAGAGCGACUUACAGGAGCAAUUAGGGUUAAGUGCCUUGCUCAAGAGCACAUCGACAGAUGUUUCACCUUGUCGGCUCGGGGAUUAGAACCAGCGACCUUUCGGUUACUGGCACAACACUCUUAACCACUAAGCCAUCUGCCGCCAUUUUCAGAGGUUUAAAAAGGAACAGAAAGGAAUGAUAUAAACUGGUAAGUUUUUGGGGUUCGAACCGGUUCAGAACUUUAUUUUGGUGGUCGGAAUAGUGGAAUGGAACAAAACAAAUAAUGGUUCCGUUCAGAACUAAACGAUUGGAAACUAUUUUCAGUUCCAACCGCUGGGCCAGUCUGUUAGUGCUAUCAUGUCAACGCCUUGUCACUCACUGUCAUGCCAAUGAGCAAUGGAGUUGGCAAGAGCACAAACAGAUCUGGGACCAGGCUAAGGUCAGUCCUUCUCUCCAGGAACAUAAUAUCUACUCUGUUGUAGAGAAGAAACACUUAUCCUCCAUCCCUUCUCCUCCCCUUCCCUCCUCUCCCCUCCCCCCUCCUCUCCCCUCCAUCCCUCCUCCCCCUCCCUCCCCUCCAUCCCUCCUCUCCUCUCCCCUCCCCUCCCCCUCCCCUCCCCUCCCCUCCAUCCCUCCUCCCCCUCCUCUCCCCUCCCCUCCCCUCCAUCCCUCCUCUCCAUCCCACCUCUCCUCUCCUCUCCUCUCCCCUCCCCUCCAUCCCUCCCUCUCUCUCCCUCCAGGCUGAGAAGAUGCGUGCCCAGCUAGCCUCCCUGCCCCCCCUCCAUGUCUCCAAACUGCCCACUAGAGACGGGUCUCACCCAGAGGUGCUCUCUAGCGCCCUCUAUCGUAAGACUGACCAAUUACUGGACACGUUACUGCAGAUGAGUGCCAACGUCAAAGUGGUGGACAUCACUGGCAAAUCCCCAGGUAUGAUGGCACCCCCCUCCCCCUUCUUGUUCUGUGUUGUACCUGUAAAAUAGUUGUUCUCAAUUACGUAAUUGGUUACAUAAAGGCCCCUAAAAAAAAUGUCAGCAUAUUCACACUUUUUCGCUGUAACUGUAGCUGAUUGAAGUUUUGUUUAAUGUGUGUUGUUGAGCAGUAACUCCUAGUGCCCAGCUGUUGGAACACACAGCCAGACUCCAGUCUCUUAGCAACACUCUGGACAGACUGAAGGUAAGACUCCAGUCUCUUAGCAACACUCUGGACAGACUGAAGGUAAGACUCCAGUCUCUUAGCAACACUCUGGACAGACUGAAGGUAAGACUCCAGUCUCUUAGCAACACUCUGGACAGACUGAGGUAAGACUCCAGUCUCUUAGCAACACUCUGGACAGACUGAAGGUAAGACUCCAGUCUCUUAGCAACACUCUGGACAGACUGAAGGUAAGACUCCAGUCUCUUAGCAACACUCUGGACAGACUGAAGGUAAGACUCCAGUCUCUUAGCAACACUGGACAGACUGAAGGUAAGACUCCAGUCUCUUAGCAACACUCUGGACAGACUGAAGGUAAGACUCCAGUCUCUUAGCAACACUCUGGACAGACUGAAGGUAAGACUCCAGUCUCUUAGCAACACUUUGGACAGACUGAAGGUAAGACUCCAGUCUCUUAGCAACACUCUGGACAGACUGAAGGUAAGACUCCAGUCUCUUAGCAACACUCUGGACAGACUGAAGGUAAGACUCCAGUCUCUUAGCAACACUCUGGACAGACUGAAGGUAAGACUCCAGUCUCUUAGCAACACUCUGGACAGACUGAAGGUAAGACUCCAGUCUCUUAGCAACACUCUGGACAGACUGAAGGUAAGACCCCAGUCUCUUAGCAACACUCUGGACAGACUGAAGGUAAGACUCCAGUCUCUUAGCAACACUCUGGACAGACUGAAGGUAAGACUCCAGUCUCUUAGCAACACUCUGGACAGACUGAAGGUAAGACUCCAGUCUCUUAGCAACACUCUGGACAGACUGAAGGUAAGACUCCAGUCUCUUAGCAACACUGGACAGACUGAAGGUAAGACUCCAGUCUCUUAGCAACACUCUGGACAGACUGAAGGUAGACUCCAGUCUCUUAGCAACACUCUGGACAGACUGAAGGUAAGACUCCAGUCUCUUAGCAACACUUUGGACAGACUGAAGGUAAGACUCCAGUCUCUUAGCAACACUCUGGACAGACUGAAGGUAAGACUCCAGUCUCUUAGCAACACUCUGGACAGACUGAAGGUAAGACUCCAGUCUCUUAGCAACACUCUGGACAGACUGAAGGUAAGACUCCAGUCUCUUAGCAACACUCUGGACAGACUGAAGGUAAGACUCCAGUCUCUUAGCAACACUCUGGACAGACUGAAGGUAAGACUCCAGUCUCUUAGCAACACUCUGGACAGACUGAAGGUAAGACUCCAGUCUCUUAGCAACACUCUGGACAGACUGAAGGUAAGAUCCAGUCUCUUAGCAACACUCUGGACAGACUGAAGGUAAGACUCCAGUCUCUUAGCAACACUGGACAGACUGAAGGUAAGACUCCAGUCUCUUAGCAACACUCUGGACAGACUGAAGGUAAGACUCCAGUCUCUUAGCAACACUCUGGACAGACUGAAGGUAAGACUCCAGUCUCUUAGCAACACUCUGGACAGACUGAAGGUAAGACUCCAGUCUCUUAGCAACACUCUGGACAGACUGAAGGUAAGACUCCAGUCUCUUAGCAACACUCUGGACAGACUGAAGGUAAGACUCCAAACCCCUAGGCUGGGAUUCAAGCCUAUUGUAGUUUGUCCACAAUUCACCUUUUAAAAGACAAUGUUUCCGCGUUCACUGUAAAAUGCUGCAGAUGUCGGCUCAGUUGAAAGAUUACUUUAAAUGGCACAUUGUUGACAGGCGCGAUGGGAUUGAAUCCCGACAAUGGAUACAAUACAAAAUGUAUCCCUGAAUGUAUACAGCAGUAGUAGACAGGCUAAAUAACAUCUCUCCUGAUCCCUUCCCUUUACUCCCUCCUCUAUGACCUCUCCCAUGUCUUUUCUCUGCUCCAUAACCACCUCUCGACCCCCCCUCUCAAUCACACCCACAACUCUCCAUCCCCCGUCGAGCAUGAACACUCCUCCGACGUACCUCUCUCAUCCCCUCUAGCCCCCUCAUCUCGUCCCCUCAUCUCCCCUCUCUCUCUGCCCAAAGUCUCUCUGCCCCCCCCCUCUCUCUUCCCCCCCCUCUCUCCCCCCCCCCUCUCUCCCCCCUCCCCUCCCCUCUCUCUCCCCCCUCGUCUCCCCCCCUCUCUCAGGAUGAGGUAUCAGAACAUGUGGUGACCCAGAGACCUGGCGCUAGAGUCUUGUCUGACUUUGCCACGUUCCCCUGCUCCUCCUUCGUCAAGGUAAUCACACUCCAGGGUCACUCCAUGGUCACUCCAGGGUCACUCCAGGGUCACUCCAGGGUCACUCCAGGGUCACUCCAGGGUCACCAGUCAUACACACUCCAGGGUCACUCCAGGGUCACUCCAGGGUCACCAGUCAUUCACACUCCAGGGUCACCAGUCAUUCACACUCCAGGGUCACCAGUCAUUCACACUCCAGGGUCACUCCAGGGUCACCAGUCAUUCACACUCCAGGGUCACUCCAGGGUCACCAGUCAUUCACACUCCAGGGUCACCAGUCAUUCACACUCCAGGGUCACCAGUCAUUCACACUCCAGGGUCACCAGUCAUUCACACUCCAGGGUCACUCCAGGGUCACCAGUCAUUCACACUCCAGGGUCACCAGUCAUUCACACUCCAGGGUCACCAGUCAUUCAUACUCCAGGGUCACCAGUCAUUCAUACUCCAGGGUCACCAGUCAUUCACACUCCAGGGUCACCAGUCAUUCAUACUCCAGGGUCACCAGUCAUUCAUACUCCAGGGUCACCAGUCAUUCACACUCCAGGGUCACCAGUCAUUCACACUCCAGGGUCACCAGUCAUUCACCACUCCAGGGUCACCAGUUCAUUCACACUCCAGGGUCACCAGUCAUUCACAAUCCAGGUGUCACCAGUCAUUCACACUCCAGGGUCAACUCCCAGGGUCACCAGUCAUUCACACUCCAGGGUCACCAGUCAUUCACACUCCAGGGUCACCAGUCAUUCAUACUCCAGGGUCACCAGUCAAUUUCAUACUCAAGGGUCACCAGUCAUUCACACUCCAGGGUCACCAGUCAUUCACACUCCAGGGUCACCAGUCAUUCACACUCCAGGGUCACCAGUCAUUCACACUCCAGGGUCACCAGUCAUUCACACUCCAGGGUCACCAGUCAUUCACACUCCAGGGUCCACCAGUCAUUCAUACUCCAGGGUCACAGUCAUUACAUACUCAGGGUCACCAGUCAUUCACACUCCAGGGUCACAGUCAUUCAUACCCAGGUCACCAGUCAUUCAUACUCCAGGGUCACCAGUCAUUCACACUCCAGGGUCACCAUCAUUUCACACUCCAGGGUCACCAGUCAUUCACACUCCAGGGUCACCAGUCAUACAACUCCAGGGUCACUCCAGGGUCACUCCAGGGUCACCAGUCAUACACACUCCAGGGUCACUCCAGGGUCACCAGUCAUUCACACUCCCGGGUCACUCCAGGGUCACCAGUCAUUCACACUCCAGGGUCACCAGUCAUUCACCCUCCAGGGUCACCAGUCAUUCACACUCCAGGGUCACCAGUCAUUCACACUCCAGGGUCACCAGUCAUUCACACUCCAGGGUCACUCCAGGGUCACCAGUCAUUUCACACUCCAGGGUCACCAGUCCAUCAUCUCCAGGGUCACCAGUCUACACACUCCAGGGUCACUCCAGGGUCACCAGUCAUUCUACUCCAGGGUCACCAGUCAUUCACACUCCAGGGUCCCAGUCUCCACUCCAGGGUCACCAGUCAUUCACACUCCAGGGUCACCAGUCGUUCCACUCCAGGGUCACCAGUCAUACACACUCCAGGGUCACUCCAGGGUCACCCAGUCCAUUCAUACUCCAGGGUCACCAGUCAUUCACACUCCAGGGUCACCAGUCAUUCAUACUCCAGGGUCACCAGUCAUUCAUCACUCCAGGGUCACACCCGUCAUUCACACUCCAGGGUCACAUCCAUUACACUCCAGGGUCACCAGUCAUUCACACUCCAGGGUCACCAGUCAUUCACACCCUCCAGGGUCACCAGUCAUUCACACUCCAGGGUCACCAGUCAUUCAUACUCCAGGGUCACCAGUCAUUCACACUCCAGGGUCACCAGUCAUUCACACUCCAGGGUCACCAGUCAUACACACUCCAGGGUCACCAGUCAUUCACACUCCAGGGUCACCAGUCAUACACACUCCAGGGUCACCAGUCAUUCAUACUCCAGGGUCACCAGUCAUACACACUCAGACUACGAGUGAUACGGCCCCCUAUCAAAGAUAUGGUCACAGAUACGGCCCCCUAUCAAAGAUAUGGUCACAGAUAUGGCCCCCUAUCAAAGAUAUGGUCACAGAUACGGCCCCCUAUCAAAGAUAUGGUCACAGAUACGGCCCCCUAUCAAAGAUAUGGUCACAGAUACGGCCCCCUAUCAAAGAUAUGGUCAAAGUAGUGCACUAUGUAGGGCAGUGGUCACCAAACAUUUCUGUAGAAAAGGCAACGCCAACAUUUCUGUACAAAAGCCAACGCUAACAUUUCUGUAGAAAAGCCAACGAUAACAUCUCCGACUUCAGUGCGUUCACGACACCUGGGAACUCUGUAAAAACGAGAUCCGACUGGGAAAAAUAAUUUCGUUUUGAACAGUCAUCCAACUUGGAAUUCCUGGUGGGGAAACUUGGGCAUCUCUCAGCUCCGACUUUGACCUCGUUGUUUUUUCUUUGUGUUUCCAGUUGUCUUGAAAGCACCAUGAAUCUAAUUAUUUGAAAAUUAUUUCAAUUUAUGCUCAGCUGUGCCUCACAAGUUCUACACCAACUGAUCUAUUCUGUUAUCAAAGCUUGAGUUUUGAAAUAUAAUAUGGUCUGAGAAGAACAAUAUUGGCAGACCAGGCAUAUAGCCAACAUGCUGUGAUAAUGUAUUAGGAAUACUGCACAAACCUCAUUCCUUCACAACUGGUUUUAUUAGGUUCAUGUUACAUUUUUAAAGUAAUGUUAAAGUGGUAGAUCUCGGCUUGCUUUUUGACUGCGAAAGUGAUCUGGACUCAGAAAAGGUUGGUGACCACUGAUGUAAGAAAUGCCCAACUCAGGUGACCUUGAGGUUAGAGUAUCCAUCCAGAGAUUGGAAGGUUGGGAGUUCAAUACCUGGCCGAGUCAUACCAAAGACUCUAAAGAUGGGACCUGAUGCUUCUCUGCUUGGCACUCAGCAUUAAGGAGAUAUAUUGGAGGUAAGGACCUGCGAUAGACUAGUGUCCUGUCCAGGGGGUGUCCUGUACAUCAAGCUGUCUCACUACAGAAACAGGAGAUAGACUAGUGUCCUGUCCAGGGGGUGUACUGGUACAUCAAGCUGUCUCGCUACAGAAACAGGAGAUAGACUAGUGUCCUGUCCAGGGGGUGUCCUGGUACAUCAAGCUGUCUCGCUACAGAAACAGGAGAUAGACUAGUGUCCUGUCCAGGGGGUGUCCUGGUACAUCAAGCUGUCUCACUACAGAAACAGGAGAUAGACUAGUGUCCUGUCCAGGGGGUGUACUGGUACAUCAAGCUGUUUCACUACAGAAACAGGAGAUAGACUAGUGUCCUGUCCAGGGGGUGUACUGGUACAUCAAGCUGUCUCGCUACAGAAACAGGAGAUAGACUAGUGUCCUGUCCAGGGGGUGUCCUGGUACAUCAAGCUGUCUCGCUACAGAAACAGGAGAUAGACUAGUGUCCUGUCCAGGGGAUGUACUGGUACAUCAAGCUGUCUCACUACAGAAACAGGAGAUAGACUAGUGUCCUGUCCAGGGGGUGUCCUGGUACAUCAAGCUGUCUCGCUACAGAAACAGGAGAUAGACUAGUGUCCUGUCCAGGGGAUGUACUGGUACAUCAAGCUGUCUCACUACAGAAACAGGAGAUAGACUAGUGUCCUGUCCAGGGGGUGUCCUGGUACAUCAAGCUGUCUCACUACAGAAACAGGAGAUAGACUAGUGUCCUGUCCAGGGGGUGUACUGGUACAUCAAGCUGUUUCACUACAGAAACAGGAGAUAGACUAGUGUCCUGUCCAGGGGGUGUACUGGUACAUCAAGCUGUCUCGCUACAGAAACAGGAGAUAGACUAGUGUCCUGUCCAGGGGGUGUCCUGAUACAUCAAGCUGUCUCACUACAGAAACAGGAGAUAGACUAGUGUCCUGUCCAGGGGGUGUACUGGUACAUCAAGCUGUCUCACUACAGAAACAGGAGAUAGACUAGUGUCCUGUCCAGGGGGUGUCCUGGUACAUCAAGCUGUCUCACUACAGAAACAGUAGAUAGACUAGUGUCCUGUCCAGGGGGUGUACUGGUACAUCAAGCUGUCUCACUACAGAAACAGGAGAAGAGGGGGAACAUGGUGCUGGUGGGUUAGGGGCCAGGUCUGUAACUAGUGUCUGUCUGUCUCCAGGUCCAGGAGGAGAAGAGGGGGAACAUGGUGCUGGUGGGUUAGGGGCCAGGUCUGUAACUAGUGUCUGUCUGUCUCCAGGUCCAGGAGGAGAAGAGGGGGAACAUGGUGCUGGUGGGGAAGGUGAUGAUGCCCUGUUCCCGUGGUCAGGAGCAGGUCCACCGUCUCGUCCUAUCACAGCCUCAGCUCCACAGAGUGCACCGCCUCCUGCUGACA